AUGUUAACCAUUGUAUACGUGGACGAUAAUUUCAAGUGGAUGUUACGUGGUUCAAGUGUCAAGCAGUCUGCCAUCUUCAUGAUCCGCAAAUUCAACAAUGUGCACACAUGUUCCAUAUAUUAUUGUCGUAAUGCACAUCGACAUGCCACUAGUUCCGUAAUUGCCGAGCAGAUUAUGGGGAAAUUGGAUAAUACGUACGGAUCAUAUGAUCCUACCGUUAUUGCACGUAACAUGGAACGUGAGUUUGAUGUGAAAAUUAGUUACCAUCAAGCACGUAGGGGAAAGGUUGCUUCUUUACAUAUGCUACAUGGUACACGGGGUGAUAGUUUUCAAAAACUUUCUUCGUACUGUCACGUCCUAAGAGAGAGUAACCCAGGGACAGUAACACACAUCAAGCUAGAUUCUCGUAACAGGUUUUACUACUUUUUCCAAGCUUUCGGUGCAAGCAUUCAGGGUUACGUGCACUACCUGAGGCCUGUUAUUUGUGUCGACGACAGUCACUUGAAAGGUGACUCCAACGAAUUGGUGUUUGUUUCCGUCAGGAAAAAUAGUAUUGAAAACGCCAUUGCCCACCUAUUUCCUCGGGCUCACCACGAGUGUUGUGUCUGGCAUAUGAAAAAGAAUUUAAUCCAACGGUACAACAAUGCUAGUUCAAUAUUUUUAUUCAAAAGAGCCGCAAAAACUUACCGGACCGAAGAGUUUGAAAGACUUAUGGGACAGCUUCGUAGGUUAAGUACAAGAGCGUACGGGUACUUGGAGCAAACAAGUUUCCCAUUUUGGUCACGGGCACUAUUUGUUGGCCAACGGUGCAACAUUUUGACCAACAACAACGCAGAAUCUUUGAACUCAAUGUUGAGACAUGCCCGUUCGUUACGGAUCACGUGCUCAGUGGAACAUAUUCGGUAUACUAUGCAGAAGUGGUUUUAUGAAUGUCCAGCUAGUGCAAUCACAUGCAGUACCGUAUUAUCACCAACGAUGAAGAAUGAGUUACAGACGACAUUCAAAGCAGGUAGUAGGCUACGAGCGCAUGGCUUGACAGAUAACUUAACACAAGUUGGAAUAUCCAACGACACGGACAUCGUAGACUUCUCCGAAAACACGUGCACUUGUCAUGAGUUCCAAUUGAAUCGUAUGUCGUGCAUUCAUGUAACCCGUGCUGCUUGCUUGAGAGGUAAGUCAUUGUACGAUCUCUGCUCACUGUAUUACAUAUUCGAGUACUGGAAGGGUGCCUACAGAGAAACUAUAUAUCUUGUUUUGCGUGAAUUGGACUUGAUUGUUCUAGCCAAAAUUACAUGUACUCCUAUUAUGCCCCUCAGUGUACGUCGUCCUCCAGGUACACCACCGACACGACGUAAGCGAUCCAAAGACGAGUGUACCACACUGCUCAGGAAAUGCACUCGCUGCGGUGGACUUGAUCAUAACCGGACCACAUGUUCGAAUCACACUGUACCACGUCCGAUGUAA